AAAGGACACCGGACAACUUUACAUUUUGUUUUCCAAGGCAGUCGCACGCCGUUUACCUCGCUUAUGUGACUUAUCCAGAAAAGCUGGAGAGGGGCCCGACAUAAGUGAGGCAUCAGAUAGUCCACCGUCAGCUUACUCUGUUGUGGAGCUAUAGUCUAGUGUUGUUUAACCAUGCACUCGUUGAAAGAGAUACGCAUGUCAAGCAAAGUCGUGGAGUUUGUUGUCAAAGAUUUAAAGAAGCGUGUUUUGAGGGACGCAGUAGCGGGUCUCCACACUGUUGUUCUCCCCGCAAUAUGUCGAAGCACAAAGGCGUCGCACUUGUACCAGCGAAACUCUUUUUACACGGACCAUGUAAAUAUGUGUAUACGCAAAAAAUCCCUUUAUUCCCGAGUGGAAGACAUGCUGUUCUACACCAUUACAGAUGGGCGGGAGAAGGUGCCCAUCUCCUAUUUCACCUCAGCCCUAAGGAAAACUGGUCUUCACCCAUCUGACCCUCGACUGAAGUGCAGCAUGGAGAAGCUUGAAAAAGCAGAGCAGGAUUCGGUUGGAGGGGAAGUGAUGAUGGACCGAGACCUGUUCCAUAAAUGUGUUGAAGGAAACCUCCUCCUUUUGAUCCAAGCCUUCAGGAAAAAAUUCAUCAUUCCUGAGUUUGAUGCUUUUGCAAAAAAGAUCAAUGAAAUCUACAAAACUGUGGAGAAGCAAAGAGAUGGGAAUGUAGCAGACUACAUCCCCCACCUAGCAAAGUUCAGCCCAGACCUGUGGGGAGUGUCUUUGUGUACAGUGGAUGGUCAGAGACACUCUGUGGGAGACACCAAGCUGCCAUUUUGUUUGCAGUCAUGCGUGAAGCCUCUGGAGUACGCCAUCGCGGUGCAUGAGGCGGGGACAGAGAAGGUGCACCGCUACGUGGGAAUGGAGCCCAGCGGACUGAAGUUCAAUCAGCUGUCACUCGAUGAAGAAGACAAACCACACAACCCUAUGGUUAAUUCAGGAGCCAUCCUGAUCAGCUCUCUUAUCAAGCCUGGUUCAAACAAAGCAGAGAAGUUUGACUAUGUGAUGGAGUUUGUGAAGAAGAUGGCGGGCAACACCUAUGUGGGAUUCAGCAACGCCACGUUCCAGUCAGAAAAAGAGACAGGCGACAGAAAUUUUGCUAUUGGAUACUACAUGAAAGAAAAGAAGUGCUUUCCUGAAGGAGCAGACAUGAUCGAUGCUCUAGACUUCUACUUCCAGCUUUGUUCCAUUGAGGUGACCUGUGAAUCAGGAAGUAUCAUGGGGGCCACUCUGGCUAAUGGAGGGAUCUGUCCAAUCACAGGGGAGCGUGUUCUGAGUGCUGAGGCAGUCCGCAACACCUUGAGUCUCAUGUACUCCUGUGGGAUGUAUGACUUUUCUGGACAGAUGGCCUUUCAUGUUGGUUUACCUGCCAAGUCCGGCGUGUCAGGGGCUGUGCUGCUGGUCGUCCCCAACGUCAUGGGUGUGAUGUGUUGGUCUCCCCCACUGGACAGAGUAGGAAACAGUGUACGCGGAAUCCACUUCUGUCAGGAGCUGGUGUCAUACUUUAACUUCCACAACUAUGAUAACCUGAGACACUUUGUGAAGAAGCAGGAUCCUCGCAGGCCCAGUGGGGAUGACAGGAACAAGGCUGUGUUCAACUUGAUGUUUGCAGCCUACAGUGGGGAUGUGUCAGCCCUGAGAAGAUUUGCACUCUCAUCGAUGGACAUGGAUCUGAAGGACUAUGAUUGCAGGACAGCGUUGCAUGUUGCCGCUGCAGAGGGACACCUCGAUGUUGUGAAGUUCCUCACUGAGACCUGUGAAGUGAAUCCAUUUGUAAAGGACAGGUGGGCUAACCAGCCUGUGGACGACGCCCUGCAGUUUGGACAUGACAGUGUGGUGGAGUUGCUUAAAGAGUACCAAAAGGUCUGCAGCCAAAACAAACUGCCGGCCCCUGAUGGUCCCCCCAAAUUGGAGAGCGUGGAGGGCAUCCUUUGAUCCAUUUUUCAGGGGAAAUCUGAUCCAAAUACAGCCAGUAGAGCAGUUGUCUGAUCUCUUCUCUGUGAAACAUAAUGGUUCAUUAUAGCAGGUGUGUGUGUGUGUGUGUGUGUGUGUGUGUGUGUGUGUGUGUGUGUGUGUGUGUGUGUGUGUGUGUGUGUGUGUGUGUGUGUGUGUGUGUGUGUGUGUGUGUUUGCUUGCUUGCUUGCUUGCUUGCUUGCUUGCUUGCUUGCUUGCUUGCUUGCGUGUGUGUGUGUGUGUUUGCUUGGGUGUGUGUGUGUGUGUGUGUGACCAUGCUUUAUGCACGGUCAAGAGGUAGUUUUAUUUGACUGCAAUCAUGUUGAGGACAAAGCACAAAACAUUACCUCAGUGUACCACUGCUACAUACUAUGCACUGUGCAAUUAUGCAGCUCAUUUUAUACAGAGAGCGAUUGUAUUUGUGAAGCGCACAAGCAACAUAACCAGAUUUGUGUUCUUUACCACUGGGAAAUGCACAACAGACAUCCCAAAAUAAUUACAACAAUUUAUAAUUGUAUUCUAGUCAACCCGUUAAAGGUAUAAAUUCUUUCCUUUAUUUAUAGAGAUUAACCUACUUGAACUCAUAUUUAAGAGAGGCUGUAAGGGAAACAAGAGGGGUUCUAUUCAUUGUAAAUAUGCAAUUGUAAUUAGUAAGCAUUUGUUUAUUAUACUGUUAUGGAGAAUUGCCUUACCAGGGCCUGUGGAGCACAGUAGCCUCCAAUUCAACAAGAGCAAUUCCACUAUUUUGAACUUUUCAAGGUUCCUCUAUUUGACUACCGUAAGAAGUUUCUGUAUUCUGAUUCUGUAUUUUUGGGAUCAGAAGUUGAGCUUUAAAUAUUUUGUAUUUUUGUAAAACAAUGCAGAUUGUAGACGGGUCAGUCCUGCCUUGUGUUCAACACAUAAGGGAGAAGAGAAAAUAUGAUGCCAGUAUUGAACUUUAUUAUACGUAGUAUGAAAUAAGUUUGACUCUACGUUCCUUGGUACAUUUUCUUUUUAGUGGGUGUUGCUGCAUGAUGGAGCGUCUUUAUACAAUCUGUUAAAUACGUUAUGUUUUCAAGUAGAAAUGUGGCCAUUUGCCACGUGAAUGUUUUAAUCCAAAUGAAGAUUGUACCUUUAGCUACCUUUCAUUCUAUAGAAUGUGAUGUAUCCUUUCCACUCAGAUAAAAACACAAUCCAUUCAUUGUUGCAUCUAAG